AUGCCAGGUCAGGCUGCACCUGCACCACAACCAGGUCAAAUGAACAACAGAUUCCUACAGCCUGUUCAAGAGUGUGAGAUAAUGUUACAGGAUAUUCUGGCAGAUCUGCGUCGUGACCCCUGGCCAGUUAUGACAGGCAAACGUCCUCUACGAGCCUCAGGAGCUGCUCUCUCAAUUGCUAUUGGUCUAUUGGAGGCAUGUUACCCAAAUACUGGUGCCCGCAUUCUAACAUUCAUGGGUGGUGCCUGUUCUUAUGGUCCUGGAAUGGUUGUGGAUGAUGACCUGCGUAAACCUAUUAGAUCUCACCAUGACAUUGAAAAGGACAGCUGUCAGUACAUGAAGAAAGCCAUCAAAUUUUAUGAAACCCUUGCCAACAGAGUAUCUGAUAAUGGUCACAUAGUUGAUUUGUAUGCUUGUGCCCUUGACCAAGUGGGACUACAUGAAAUGAAAUACUGUGCUAACUACACAGGUGGUCACAUGGUUCUGGGAGAUUCAUUUAACUCAUCACUGUUCAGGACAACAUUCCAACGUGUGUUUGCUCGUGAUGAAAAAGGCAAUUUAGAAAUGGCCUUUAAUGCCACAUUGGAGGUCAAAACUUCACGAGAACUCAAAAUUGCAGGAGCUUUGGGUCCUUGUGUUUCGGCCCAUGAAAAAGGCCCAAAUGUUGCAGAAAUGGAGAUUGGAAUUGGAAACACAACCAAGUGGAAACUUUGUGGCUUGACUCCUAACAAUACAAUAUCAAUAUUCUUUGAAAUUGCCAAUCAACAAGGGUCUGAUAUUCCUGGUGGUCGUGGACAUGUACAGUUCAUCACUCGAUACCAACACCCGUCAGGUCAAACUAGGUGCAGAGUUACAACUGUUGCUAGGAAUUGGGCAGACCCUCAAAGUGGCCAGCAGUUCAUAUCAAUUGGGUUUGACCAAGAAGCUGCUGCAGUACUCAUGGCACGUUUAGCAGUUCACCGAUCAGAAACUGAUCAGGAUGGAACUGAUGUACUUCGCUGGGUAGAUAGGAUGCUGAUCCGGCUGUGUCAGAAGUUUGGUGAGUUUACCCCUAAUGAUCCCAAUAGCUACAGAUUCCAGGAGAAUUUCAGUCUGUACCCUCAAUUCAUGUUCCAUCUAAGACGGUCACAGUUCCUGCAAGUCUUCAAUAACUCGCCUGAUGAAACUUCAUUUUACAGAUGUAUGCUGAAUCGUGAAAGUGUCACAGAGUGCCUCACUAUGAUUCAGCCAGUGUUAUAUAGUUACUCAUUCAAUGGGAUUGAAGCUGUUAUGUUGGACACGUCAUCCAUUCAGCCUGAUCGCAUUUUACUGUUGGACACGUUUUUCCUCGUGCUUAUUUUCUUGGGAGAGACAAUGGCAGCGUGGAAGCGGGAGGGUUACCACGAACAAGAAGAAUAUUUAUCUUUCAAAGAACUAUUGCAGUCUCCAAUUGAUGAUGCUCAGGAUAUUCUAGCUACCAGAUUUCCCAUCCCAAGAUACGUAGAAACUGAGCAAGGUGGCUCGCAGGCACGAUUUUUGCUGUCAAAAGUGAAUCCCUCCCAAACUCACAACAAUGCAGUGUAUGGUGGGUCAACCAUCCCAGACCCCAAUUCAACGGAUGGUGGGUCCCCAGUUCUUACAGAUGAUGUCAGCUUACAAGUCUUCAUGGAACAUCUUAAAAAACUGGCAGUUACAUCUAAUGCUUAAUAGAAAGUUAUUUUAGAAAGUUUUAAUAAUAAAUUUAUAUUUAAAAAAUUAAAGGGUUAUAUUGUACAUUGUCAUGGUAAGCUCAGACCAUACUUUACUAUAAAUCAUACAUAAACACUCUCUAUACAUAAACACCCAAACAAAUAUACAAGUACAUACCAACUUUAACAAAUUGUAGAACUACUGAAGAAAGGAAUGCAAGAAACUUAGCUCUGCUCCUGUAUCUACAAAUAGAUAAUUGCACACUGAUUUAAAAACAAAUUCCAAAUUUUCUAGAAUGCUCGAGAGCUGGUUAGCUGGUGAUAAAUUGUUUUAUUAAAGAAAAUUUUGUUUGCUUAUUUAGAAACAUUACUAGUUCAUUUAAAAUAAUGUUACAAGUAGCUAAGGAUGAAGAUAACUAGUAAGAAAUAUAACAUUUGAAACUUAGUUGCAUUUGUUUUGCAUUCUAUGUACAAAUCAUUAGAAUGGAGGUGGAGGAGAAGCUGAAUUUAAUGACUUGAUGCUUCAUUAAAUUUUCACAACUUUGUUUUAUAUGUUCUUGUAUUUUAUAACAUUUUGUAUCUGAUUUGUGGUUACUGAAAUAUAUAUAUCUACCAGUU